UCACUUUUUGAGUCUUUUCAACCCACCUUUUUGGUUUAAUUUGUGAUGACCAUUGGAAUUGGUUGUCUGGGUUUUCUUCAUUAUUGUCUGGGCUUUGGUCCUCUUGAGACUUGAGAGUUGUGUCUUCCAAUUCUUCCAUUCUUAUUUGUGGGUGUUUCUAAAUUCUAUAAAAAGUUGUCUUUUUUAGCAUUGGGUUUUCUGGGUUUUGCUUUCUUUUGCCUCACAAGCUCCUAUUUGCUUUUGGGUCCCUUCAAAGACUCAAACUUUAUUGCCACUGGUGAUUUGGGUUGCCUUUCUUGAUUUCUGCAUUGCCUAUUCUUGGACUCCAUUUUCUUGUUAAACAUCACUUUUUUCCCCCUUUUUUCUUUUGCACUAAUUUGUUGGUAGUGAAAGGGUUUUGGAACUCAAAUUGAAUUUUUCCUCUUUUUUUUGGCUGGGUUGCAUGAUAGUGCUAUUGGUAGGACAUCUUUUUCUCUCUCCAUAUCAUUGCCUGCUGAUUGUCCACAUUUACAAUAGAUUCUCAUUCUCUGUUUUUUAAUCACUUGAAGCCUUAAGGAGUUGCGAUUUUAAGAAGAAUUCACUGGUUGCUUGAUCAUGAAUCAACCGAAAAUCAAGCGUAAAGUUGGUAAAUAUGAACUCGGGCGGACAAUAGGCGAGGGAUCAUUUGCCAAAGUUAAGUUUGCGAGGAAUUCCGAGACUGGAGAACAUGUUGCUCUGAAGAUUCUUGACAAAGAUAAGGUCCUAAAGCACAAAAUGGCGGAACAGAUCAAGCGGGAAAUAGCUACAAUGAAGCUAAUAAGACAUCCAAAUGUUGUUCGCUUGUAUGAGGUGAUGGCGAGCAAGACCAAAAUAUUCAUUGUUCUGGAAUUUGUUACCGGUGGAGAGCUUUUUGAUAAAAUUGUAAAUCAUGGACGGAUGAGGGAGGAUGAGGCAAGGAAAUAUUUCCAGCAACUUAUAAAUGCGGUUGAUUAUUGCCAUAGCAGGGGAGUCUACCACAGAGAUUUGAAGCCAGAGAAUUUACUAUUGGAUGCUUCUGGGAAUCUCAAGGUUUCUGAUUUUGGAUUGAGUGCACUGUCCCAGCAAAUCAGGGAUGACGGCUUACUUCACACCACCUGUGGAACUCCAAACUAUGUUGCUCCUGAGGUUUUAGAUGAUCAAGGUUACGAUGGGUCGGCUGCGGACUUGUGGUCCUGUGGAGUCAUACUCUUUGUAUUGCUUGCAGGAUACUUGCCUUUUGAUGAUCCUAAUCUUAUGAACCUAUAUAAAAAAAUAUCCUGCGCUGAAUUUACUUGCCCCCCGUGGAUCUCCUUCAGUGCCAUGAAGUUAAUUACUCGAAUUUUGGACCCAAACCCCGUUACUCGAAUUACCAUUCCCGAGAUAUUGGAAGAUGAGUGGUUUAAAAAAGACUAUAAACCUCCCGUUUUUUAUGAGAAAGAAGAUACAAACCUGGAUGAUGUGGAGGCUGUUUUUAAGGAUUGUAAAGAGCAUCAUGUUACGGAGAAAAAGGAAGAGCAGCCAACUGCCAUGAAUGCAUUUGAGUUAAUUUCUAUGUCAAAAGGGCUCGAUCUUGGAAAUCUCUUUGAUGAAAAGGGAUUCAAGAGGGAAACGAGGUUCACUUCUAAAUGCCCAGCAAAUGAGAUAAUCACUAAGAUCGAAGAAGCUGCAAAGCCCCUUGGUUUUGAUGUUCGGAAGAAGAACUACAAGAUGCGGCUGGAAAACAGUAAAGCAGGAAGAAAAGGAAAUCUUAAUGUUUCAACUGAGGUAUUCCAAGUUGCCCCCUCUCUUCACCUGGUCGAGGUGCGAAAGGCUAAAGGAGACACGUUGGAAUUCCACAAGUUUUACAAGAACCUUUCUACUUGCCUUGAAGAUGUAGUUUGGAGAACUGAAGAAGAUAUGCAAGAAACAACAUAGAAUUUGCCAACCAUGAUUGCUACCCAUUUGUUUUCAGGCCUUGGUCUUCAUUCUCUUAUGUUCUAUUUUUUUUUUUUUGUUUUUGGGUCUUUUAUGGGACCUUUUUCUCCCAUGAGAGAAUUAGGAAAUUCACUUUGUUGUUCCUUUAUUAUAGGCAGUGGAAAGCAGAGAUGGCUCCUAUAGUCCUCCUGUUGAAGUGGUUGAUGUGAAUUUUGUAUACUGUGUAUGCUUGUUAAUGUGAUUCAGUGAUUGCAAAUUGCAAUUCUAUACAUGUGAUGUUAAGGCCA